AUUGGCUGAUGUCGGUGGACCCGCCUCCGGUCGCUCUUUAACGCGGUGUUGUGAUUUGAUCGUUUUUUUAUCCUAAACUAAAGCUGUUUAAGUCUAGAAGAGAGGAUCCGCUCACCUGUAGCGACUCUGCUUUAACUCUGUAUCCGCUGUACUCUACGGCAGGUGAAAUGUCAUUAACAAAGUAACCAGCAGAGGGAGCCAAAGAACUGUGUAUUAUCAAAGCUGGAGCCUGAAGAGAACAGUGAACCAGGCCAGUCUUCUGAGCCCAAUGGUGAGGAGCAGCAGAUCCAGCUGGACCCAGGGGCUAAACACAACAAUCAGGACCUGCUGGUUCUGCUGGAGCAGCUGAAGAGUGAAAGAAGCCUGCUGGAUAAAGAAGUUCAGAGCCUGUUUCUCACAGAAAGUGAACCAUCUGUGGACAGUCUGAGGAAGCGUCUGGACUUUGAAAAGUCUCUAGACGAAGAGUGCGAGAACCACAGGCCUGAGGCUGAGAGGAUGAAGAGCACUUUGAGGUCCCGCAGAUCAGGCAGCCCCACCAGAGCAAACACCACCAACUGCAGCCCCACUAGACAGACACCUGUGAAGGGGGGCACAUAUGACUCAGAGCUAAUGAGGGUCGUGAGGGAGAGGGAUGAACUGCAGAACAUGCUGGAAAAAUAUGAGCGCCACCUCUCUGAGCUCCGGGCAAACAUUCGGGUGCUUACAGCUGACCGGGACAAGACCAGAAUUCUCUACCAUCAGGCUCAGGAUGAGAUAGCAGCUCUGCGGCGCAUGGUGGUGAAGCCGAAGACGUCACGGGGACCCAGAAACAGUGUGACAGCUCAGAGUAUCCUCAAACGUUUGGAGACUGAGAGAGACGAGGCAGUAACUGACCUGCACCGCAUGAGCACAGAGAGAGACAGUCUGAGAGAGAGACUCCAGAUUUCCCAGGAGACAGCUAUAAGUGAGCGAGCUCACCUGGAGCAGAGUGUGGAAGACCUGCAAAAUGCUGUUCUCUCACUGGAGCAGGAGCGAGGGGAGCAGAAAAGCAGGCAGGCUCAGAUGAGGGAUGCGAUGAUGAGGCUGGAGGAGGAGGUGCACACACUGAGCAGAAAACUGACUGCCAGCGAAGACGAACUCGGACGUCUGAAGAAUGAAUGCAGCAUGCUGAGGUUGUCCAGCACUCAUGCAGAGAGUGCUCUGAGUGAAACUCAGCGGCGGCUGACCAGCAGGAUCGUAGAGCUGCAAAACACUCUGGAGAAAAACAAAGAGCUAGACGAGAGGAACGAUGUUUUGCAAAAGGAAAUAUCCAGCCUAAAAGAAGAGCUGAGUGCACUGCAGGUCACGGUUACCGAACUGGACCAGCACAAAUACAGUCUUCAGGAUCAGCUAGAGAAGAAACAUGACCUUCUCAGCUCUGCUAAUAAACAACUGGAUGACAAGGAAAAUACCAUCCACACUCUGAAGCUACGCAUCGAAGACCUUGAGACUACUGUAGAAAUCUUAUCUUCACCAUUAAGAGCAUCAAAGGAGAUAGGGGUCAACAGGGAGCGAGAUCUGGACGUUCUGAGAAGGAAGCUGCUGGGUAUAGAAGACGAGCUGGCCUCUGUACUAAAGGUCAAAGAUGCUUUGCAGCGAGAGAACACACAGCUUAGGGAUGAGUUGGACCGGACCCGACUGGACAAUCAGUCUCUGAAGCUCAAACUGGAAGGAGAAGUACAGGAAGUAGAGGACCUGCAGAGGAAAGUAGAGAAUUAUGUAGCUGACAUCUCCCGUGUCGAAGACCUUCUGUCCUCCAAGGUGUCGGAAUUGAGUUUUACUGGUAAUUACAUGAUUACGGAGCGGGAGUGCAGGGAGCUGCAGGAGUGCCGUUGGCGUGUGACCGCACAGUCUGACAGCUGGGAGGAUCAUGCCAGGAAGGCAGAGAGCAACGUUACUGACCUACAGCUGAAGCUCCGCACCUCCGACUCGGAGAAGCGCAGACUUAAAGACACGGUGGGGAGCCUGGAGAGCAGCCUGCAGGAGGCUCUCAGUGCUGAACGAAGCUGCAGUGCUGAUUUGACACAACUGAAGGAGGAGUUGCGACGGGCAGAGGAUGAGCGCUCAGACAUUCAGCAUGACCUCGAAAAGACCCGUGAGCUCUGUGUCAAACUGGACACCAGCAAAGAUGUGGUUCAGCAGGAACUAGAGGCAUGUCAGUCUGAGCUGGAGCUUCUGAAGAAGCAGCUGGUGAGUGAACGGGCAUCAGCACGCAGUCUGGAGACCAUGCUGACCAGCACAAGAGAGAAAGAGCUGCAGAGACACCUCAGCUCUCAGGAGAGACUCACUGAGAUCCAGCUGCUCAGAGACAAGCUCGCCAUGGCUGACGGCAAGGCGAGCUCUCAGAGCAGGGAGAUUGCUCAGUUGAGGACUAGAUCAGCUCAGAUAGAGGCGGACCUGGAGGCCACCAGGAGGCAACUUUCUACUGAGCGUUUUGAGAGAGAGCGAGCAUCUCAGGAGUUGCACAGGCUGGGCCUCUCCUCAUCGCUUCGUUCUCCGAUCCUCUCCUCCACGAUGUGCUCCACCUCUCCGUCCCGCCGCUCCCUCAGCCCUCACAGGUCCUGGUCCCCCGAGCGCUCCCUCCACACCUCAACAGGCCACCUGCCACCUGAACGCUCACCGAGAGGAGUGUGAUGUUUAGAGAGUAUGACUAUGCACACCUGCAUGGAGCUGAAUGUACUGCAGUGCCACUGGCCUCCUGUUGCAUUAAACCAGUUUAUGUUUCAUUUA